AUGACAUUAAAAAAAUUUACCUUAUUAAGUUUUGUUUUAAUAGUAGCUUUUCUACAUAAACAAUUAAAAAAUGAUUUUUUUUUAUUUAAGUUUUUUAAAGUUAAUAGUGUAAUAGUAGGAAAAACGGCAAAUGACUAUGCGUUAAAUGAAGCAAUAAGUACUAUUUUAAAACAUGCACCUGAAGAAAAUGAAACGGAAAUUUAUGAUAAUAUUAACAAAGUAAUGAGUGAAGCAUAUAAUAAUUUUAACACAAGAAAAAUAUUAAUAAGAAUAUCUUAUUUAAUUGAAAAUGGGAAGUUAGAUUAUUUAUGUGAUAAAAAUUAUUUAAAAAUUAUAUUAGGAAUUCCUCAAAUAAUAUCAAGUGCUGAAUUAUUAGAAGAUUUGAAACUAUAUAAAUUAAAAAAAUUAAUAGAAAAUAUUGUAAAUUCUUUAGUUAUUUGUAAACCUAAAGAUUUUAAAAGAAAAUUUUAUUUAGAAUCAGGUGGGUGUCAAUCAGAUUCAGACAAGGCUAUCAUUUUUGAUAAUGGAAAAUUAAAAAAAAGAAAUAGUUUACAAUUAAAACCAAAAAAUAAAUUUUUUAGCAUACUGCUAAAAUGUUCAGUUGAUAACCUUGGUUCUGGAGAUAAAACGAUGGUAUGCGUUAAAGAGGAAUUAUCUAAAGAAAAUUUGAAAAUUUCGGAAAGUUGCUCAAACUGUUUUAAAGAUUCAGUUGAUUGUGGUAAAUCAAAUUGUUGGUUAUCAUGCUUAUUUAGUGAUCCUUGUGGAGAUAAUUGUUUUCAUUGUGGUGUUAAUUAUUGUAAAAAAGAUUUAAUUAGUUGCACUGGUUUAAAAAAUUUACCAGAUGCAUGCAUAUAA